UCGCAGUCGCGGAGCCAGGAGCCAGAGCCAGAGCCAGAGCAGGCGGCGAAGGCAGCGAAGGCGGCAUCCCUUUGCAAUGCGUCCCUCCCGUCUCGGUCCUGGCAAGGCGAGGAGGAUGUAGCAGCAGCAACAACGAGGCGCCUUGGCCAAGAAGGAGGAGAGGGAGAAGGAGAAGAAAAGGACUGGGAUCCAGAGGGAGGUCGAGGAAGGAGGCAAGGGAGCCACCAACUUGGCGGCGGGGCUUUACUUUGCUGCGGUGUACCUUUGGGGCAGGUGUUAGCAUCCCUUGCAGGAGCAUCAUCAGCAUCAGCAGCAGCAGCAGAGCAGCAUCACCCCCAUCUCCUCUGGAGUCCUCCACUUCCUCCUCCUCCUCCUCCUCCGCUCCGGAUUUGGAGCUUUAAUCCGGCUGGCGGCAGCGGGCGCGCCGCCACACACACGCGGACACACACUCACCCUCUCUCCUCCUCCUCACACUCGCGUUGACUCACACGCACUCGGAGGGGCUGCAGCCGCCGCGGAGGAGGCGUCGGAUCCGCUCUGCCUUAUACCAAGAGGAAACUACAGAUUAACGACAGAACAGAUGCCCCUGCAUAAGAGGGCUUAAGGAGGCACACUCAUCUAAAUUGUGGAAAUAAUCCAGGGAUGUGUUGUUGGCUUUUAUAUGGACUAACAUAUAGCAUGCUGUGAUCAGUAGAAGAAGAGGCCAGCCAUCUUUCUACUGCUGUUCUUCUGUUCAAGCUCAAAUCUUAAGAGCCGUGUGUUAUAUAUGAAACCUGCAAGACAUGUUGCAAUGGUCCUGAAGUUGCACUGAACGCACACCUCACCCCUAUCCAUUUUUGGGUGUUUGGUGUUCAUAGUAUUGUGGUUGAUUGUUUUCCACACUGAGUGGGCUUGUUCCUUUAUCUGUCCUUGUUAAAUAAACAAUCGAACAACAAAGAUGUCGGAUCCUGGCUCUCAUCAAGACACUGGUAUUAAGCCAGACUUAUUGGAAAAAAGCAGCAGCCCAGAUAACACUCAGCCCUCAGUUAAUUUGGAAAGGAGAAACAAAAGUGGGAUAAUAAGUGAACCUUUGAACAAAAGUCUUAAGAAGUCCCGACCGCUUUCCCACUACUCUACUUUUGGUAGCACCAGCUCAUUAAGUGAACAUUCAGAGAAAGGUGCCCCUAUAGCCAACGGCAAUGAAGCAACCAUGGAUAAAAGCAAUUCUACCUCAAAGCACAAAACCAUCGCUGACAUGCUGGGCAGAUCAGAUCUUUCUUCAGAAGGACAGAACAUCUUGCAACAGUUUGCUCAGUCUACGGAGCUUCUCAAAAGAGUUGUCCAGGAGCACAUUCCCUUGCCUAAUGACCACGGGACGGGUAUCUCAGACAUGGAAGCUGUGUCGGCUGCUGAGACAAUGAACAGCCCAUCUGAUUUUCCUUACCUGGGGGCUUUUCCUAUCAACCCUGGCCUUUUCAUUAUGACCCCUGCUGGUGUAUUUCUGGCAGAGAGUGCACUCCAUAUGGCUGGCUUAGCAGAGUACCCAAUGCAGAAUGAAUUGGCGUCUGCCAUCAAUUCAGGGAAAAAGAAAAGGAAACGAUGUGGCAUGUGUCCUCCUUGCAGAAGACGGAUAAACUGUGAGCAGUGCAGCAGUUGUAGAAAUCGUAAAACUGGGCACCAGAUUUGCAAAUUCCGAAAAUGUGAGGAACUUAAAAAGAAGCCUUCUGCUGCACUGGAGUGAUCUGGAAAAGGGGAGAAGGAAAAGUCCGUCCCUUCUAAAGAGACCCAAAAAAGUGAUGCUUCCUACAGGUGCUGCAUUCCGAUGGUUUCAAUAGGAACAAGAAUCCCAAAGCUUUGUCAUCCAGUGCAAUGUCACUGCUUGCUUGUGUUGUCUCAGGCAAGGAAUUUUUUGGCGGAAAUGAAUGGAUGCGCCUGUGUCUCCUUUAGAACCAAAAAUAUUUUCUCACAGAUUUCAUUCCUGUUUUUUUUAAAAUAUUUUUUUGACAUUUGUUUAACAUCUUUGAGUACUAGUAAAACAAACAUUAACUGCUUUUCAAAUAAUUUUUAAAAAAGAAUCCAUAAAGUACCAAGACGUAAUAGAAUAUGGACAAUCAAUCAAAUUAUUUUCCUGUGUUUUGGUGUUGAUGUUGUUUAUGUGUGGAAGAUGCAGUUCUUGUGUAGAGAAUGUAAAUUUACAGUAACCUUUUAAAUCUAGUUACUAAUAAGCACUACUGUAAUUAGCACAGCUGUUUACUCAUUCAUAUUUUUGUUUGAUUAAUUUCCAUCAUUAAAGAAAAAUAGUGUGGCUAGUUUCUAGAAUGCCUCAACUUCAUGUUUAUAAAUGAGAAUAUGUUUAAAAUAAAGUAGUCUCCCUUUCCCUAACCAUACACAUAAGAUAAGGUUUAAUCAGCA